AUGCAGGCUUUAUUAAGCCGAAUCGCAGUGGGGCCACCGCAAUCCGAGACGCCAUCCGAAUCAAUCAGCACUUCCGUCGAUACAUCAACUUCAUCAUUUCUCGUUUCAUCGCCUCUCGUAUCUCAGAAAGCUACAAAUAUAGUUUUACCAACUAUAUCAACUGCAGUAAAAGCAGAGAUUACGUUAGCUGUCGAACGUUUACAGUUUGCGACGCUUUUAGGUGAGCGAAAGAAGGCAAUUAAUGCUCUUUUAUUGUUGGCACAGAAGUUAAAUACGAGUGAAAAUCAAAAUGGAAAAGGUAUUAAACCUACAAAUGAAGAACAUGAACUAGGUACAUUAGCUGUACCUGCUAUUCUAACGGCUUUAGUGUCUGAUCCACGCGAUACAGAGCUCAUGGAAGCCAUGUUGGAAUUAUUGCAAUAUAUUGUCAGUCAAAUUCCUUCAGUAGCAUUGCUAUUACUUGAACAACCAUUGGAAUUAGAUAUUUGGGGUAUGCAAACGACUCUUACACUGCUUCAAGACCCAUCUCCAUGGAUUCGUGGUCCUGCAAUUUCUCUUAUUAAAACACUUCAAGAUGCUGAACCUCGUGCUUUUGCAAAAUCAGUUUGUGAAUGUAAAGAAGGACUUCGACGUCUUCUUGAGGUUGUCGAAGAUCGACGUGAACAUAUUCGAGAUACAGCAUUAACUGUUCUUGGACAAUUAACUGGACAUGAUAAAAAUGCACAGCAAUUCUUAGCAUUUGAAGAUGGUUUUGGACGAUUAUUUCAGAUUAUGGAAAUUGAAGGGUUGACGGAAAUUGGAGCAAGGGAUGCAAGUACAGUCGUUGCCGAUUGUUUACAGAUUGUGAAUAAUAUGGUGCGAGAUAAUCUUAUGACUCAGACUUUAUUUCUAGAAAUGCCGUACUUAGAAUCUCAUGUUCCAAAGAUUUUAAGACUUUCAAGUCAAGAUGAAGAACAUUUAGAGAAUGAAAGUGUGGUGUUAACACGAAGAAAACGUGUAUUGAAAUUAGGACUACAACUUGUACGAUUUCUAGUAGCUGGAUUAUAUGAAGGAGUCGAAAAGUCGACAUUAGAUGAAAUAGCACGACGCGAUCAAGAUCGUAAAUGUCAAGAUUUAGCAAGAAUGCAAAGUUUGAUUGCGAGACAGGAAGCAUUGAUGGGAGCUGUUGGUGAACUUGUGUGCUGUUCUCAAGAUGCAUUGACCGAUUUGCGAUUACAAGCACUAGAUCUGUUACGACUUGUCAGUGAACAUAAUAAUGGUGCACAGAUGAUUUUGAUCUCACUUUACGCAGUUCCAUCAGGACGCAAUGUCUUGGCAGAACUUGUCAAUCUUGAUGUUGGAAUGGAGAGUGAUGAGUCACCUGUUGCAGCUGCAGCUUCAGGCUUUUUAGAUUCACUUUUUCAAGGAAAUGAAGGAGCCCGGAUGGCAGUAUUUCAGCACAUUCACACGCCUUCUCUUCUCCCAACUUCUGUUGAUGUAAACGAUAUAAAUGAUGCAAGAUCUCCAUCUUUAUCAGCAGGCCGAGUGUUACUUGACUCAUUGAUUGAAAAUAUUGAUUACAUUUCGCAAUAUAAAGACCACACUAAUGUCGAAAUGCUAACUUUCAAGCUUAUUGGAGCGUGGAAAGCAAGUUGUCGACUUACAAACUUACUAGCAAACAGUUCGUAUUGUAAAGAACUUUUACUUCGAGUACCUGCUGAAUAUUCGAAUCUGCAAGCUCGUGCAGUGACAGGAGGAUUGUUCUUGUCGCGUUGUCUACGAUCGAUACGAUCUCUGUCGGGUCAGAAUCAAACUUCUGCUGUUCAAUCAAUCAAGUUUCAGGCUCAAAUUUCAUUACUUCUUCUCUUAAUUCGCUGGUGUCAUGAUUGUCCUAAAGCUAUUCGUGAAAUCAUUGGAUCUCUUACAAACUUGUCUGUGCUUAUCGAUAUUCUUUCCGAACAGCACGAGUCUGUAUCACAGCGAGAAAUAUCGGAGAUGACACAGAUAAGGGGUCUGAUUGCUUUAUUGCUUGGAUGUUGCUUGGAGUUUUUAGGCGAAGACGAUGAAGAGAAAGCUUUAAAGCUCGCAAAGACUGAUAUACCAGCAACAAUGUACACGGAACCAAAAGCACAGAUGACACGAGAUCAAUUUCUUCAAAUGAUUAGCAAGCGUGUAAGUCUGGAACAAUUGACAGAUUCUAUGAUUCAAUUCCAACAAUGCCCCACUGUUCUUGCAUGUGCUCGGGUCAGCACAUCUCAAAGCUCCCGUGUGCCGCUUAUCCACCGCACAACAUACGAUUUGAGCGACACAGGAGAAAGCUCGAGUGAUAACGAAAAAGCGCAGUACUUAUUUUUGUUAUAUGAACGAAGUUUUACGAUCUACUAUCGAGAAAUGGCCGAGCGAAUUCAAAAACGCAUCAUUGCUAUAUAUUCUGGAGUCGAUUCCGAGUCUACUGUUGUAGAUUCUGGCACAUCAAAUGCAAUAAGCGCUUACCAAGAUCUCAUACGAAUGCAAGAUAAUCAACUUCAGAGUUUAAAACGCCAAGUGAUUGAGCUUCAAGAGCAACGAGGAACUUCUUGUAAUAAAACUGCUAAAGAACUUUGUGAUCAAGUAUCAUUGGAUCGCUUUGAAGCUCAACGUGAGCAGUUUGAGCGAGACAAAGCUGACUUAAAGGACCGAAAUGAGACUUUAUCUCGAUCAGUUAUUGAUUUAGAGACUCGUUUGAAAGGUCUCACGGUAGCUUAUGAGCUUUUGGAACGAGAAAAUCAACAGAGUAGGAAAGAAGUGGACGAUUGCAGUAAAGUCGAUGGCUUACAGUCUUUACUGAAGUCAAGUGAAGUGAAUGAGGAACUUGCUACGUUGCAAGCUGCACUAGAUACAGAACGAGAUGAAAAGUGUCGAUUGCGUAGUGAAGCAGCAGCAGGUGAAAGUGGAUCAACAAAGCUUACAUUAGGUGAUGAACCUGAUGCUGAGCUUGCAAACGUACGUCUAGUAAUGCAGCUGGAAGACCUUCGUGUCGAGAAUGAACAAAAAGGCGAGCAAGUUACUGAGUGUAAUGAAAUGCUCGAAAUGCUUACAGAAGGCCAAGCACUUGUCAAGACCGAGAAUGAAAUGCUUAAAGUUCAGCUUGCAGAGGCUCAAGCGAAAUUGAAACAAUACGAGAAUGGAUGUGAUGUUAACACGAAAAGCAUUGUGGAUGAAUUGAUGGAGGAAAAGGUUCAACUGGAGCGACGGAUUGAUGAGUUGGAAACUGCAGCAUGUGUAGCAUACGAACAAGAUCAAGAGGUGCUUCAACAACGAAUUCAAGAAGUAGAGCAGGCACGACGCGCGAGUCCUCCGAUGAGUGAAGGACUUGACGGAACUUCUUGUGAUGAUGAGAAUCUUCCGACAGAAUUGGUCAGUAGCGAGGUGCAUGCUAGUGAUUCUCGCAUUAACAGGCUUGUGUCCUCACAACUUGAAGAAAUAAAGGAGUUACGUGCUCUUGUUACUGAGAUGGAAUCGGUCGCUACAGAACGUGAAGCUAAGAUACAAGAUCGUGUGGCUAAUUUUGAUGUGGAAUCUCGGCGUGAAAAGGACAAAUAUGCUGCAAAGGUCCGUGAACUUGAGGAUGAGCUUGCGCGUGGUUUCUUAGAGAAAAAAGAUAGCGAGCGCAAGGCAAAAGCGGCUAUAAAAGAGCUUGAAAAAGAAGUAGCACGGUUAUUUCUAGCCAAAGUGGAGCUUGAAAAGGAAUUAACUCAAUACCGGCAAGUAAGUGACGAAAAUGACGUUCAAGAAACUACAAAGAAAUUGGACAAGUCGAAGAUAGACAAUCACUUCAUGGUCGACGAUCUUUUGGUAUUAGUAGCAAGUUUAGAGAUCCAGUGCUCAGUCCUACGUGAGACUUUAAAACAAUAUCAUGGAGAAGAUGCCGUUGCAGUAGCAGCAGAACUGUCGAGACAGCGUGGAGCCGUUGUUUCCAUUUAA